AUGGAUGCUACGACGGGCUUUGUGGUAUUUCAAGAUGAUAUACCCACAUUUGCCGAAACUUUUGGCAAAGCAAGUGUUUAUUCCAAAUGGAGGUCACAACGAAAUAAAAUUUCUUCUUGUUUACACCAAGAGAAUGUGAAGGCAUCACUUUUUAACAACCACAUAUUGAAAAAUUCUGCCAACAUUUUGGUCAUCGAAUCUGAAUACAAAAAUUCUUCAAAAUUUGCCAUAAAAACUAAUAAAUUUGUGGGUCCUCUUCAAGAAAAUCCUGACGCAAUUAUUACCCUUAGCCAUUUUUCGAUGCAGAAAAAAAUCUUCGAACCGCAUGUGGAUUUCUCUUCUAUAGACAAAUUACAAAAUUUGCAAGGACGUCAGCUCAUUGUGGGGGCCUUUGAUUAUCGCCCCUUUGUGGUGGUGGACUUUGAACGUCAACCCCAAUAUUUGGAUCAUGCUUUGGAUAAUCCUAGACAUGCUGUUCAUAUUGAUGGCACUGAAAUGCAUAUUGUCUUGAUAUUUUGUCAAAUCUACAAUUGUACCAUAGAGGUGGAUACAACUGAAAGAGAAGAAUGGGGAGUGAUGUAUCCCAACUAUACAGCAACUGGUCUGAUGGGUAUGACCAUAGACGGCAAGGUUCAUAUGGUAAUGGGGGCCAUGUAUUUAUGGGAAUUGGCUUAUCAAUCCAUGGACUGCACCCAUUAUUUAGGAAGAUCGGGAGUCACUUGUUUGGUGCCAGCCCCCAAACGUAUAGCCAGCUGGACUUUAAUCUUGAAACCUUUCCAGAAUUCGCUUUGGUUGUUGUUGUUUGGAUAUUUGAUAUUUGAAACUGUCAUAUUGUACCUGGCCAGGCAGUUUGAAGAGCAUUGGAGGGUGCAGCGAGUCCAUCGGAAAACUUGGAAGUCAAGCAUUUGGUUUGCUUUCGUUAGCAGUACAAAGUUGCUGGUAUCGCAAAGCUCGAAAUUUGUCAUUAACUCGAAUACUCUAAGAGCCAUUCUGUGCACUUGUUACAUGGCUGACAUGAUAUUAACCGGCACUUAUGGGGGAGGAUUGGCGGCAGUUUUAACUCAACCUGCUUUACAAGAAGUCGCCGAUUCAGUGGAGCGCUUGUACAGCCACAAUUUAAGCUGGACUGCCAGUUCCUAUGUUUUUAUAACUUCGAUUGAUAACAGACAUAAUCCCGACUCUACAACUUUCGAUCCUAUUAUGGAACGCCUUGUAUCGAAUUUUUUCAUUUCAAGCAUUGAUCAAAUGCGAUCACUGGCCAAAACUGAAAAUAUAGGCUUUGCAUUGGAAAAAAUGCAAUAUGGUCACUUUGGCAAUAUUAAAUUUCUGUCACCAGAAUCGUUGUCCCGCUUAAAACUUAUGGUUGACGAUAUUUACCACCAAUACACUGUGGCCAUGGUACCCCGAUUGUGGGCCUAUUUACCGAAUUACAAUCAAUUAAUACUAACUUGGCAUGCUUCAGGUCUGUCUAAAUACUGGGAGUGGAAAAUUGCCGCCGACUAUUUGAAUUCACGGGAACAGGAUCAAGUGGCUACCUCAAUGUUCAGCAAAUUGGAUAGGGGUGCUGAGAAAUUGAAUUUGGAAAAUUUCGCCGGCAUUAUGAUCUUAUGGAUCUUUGGCAUAGCAAUGAGCAUUGUGGUUUUCAUAGGAGAAUGGGUGGUACAUGCUAUACAAAGGAAAUGGAAAGAACGCAUAUAGAAGAAGUCCCGGAAGGACGAAAAAGGACGUUUAAGAUUGUUUUUGGAAAUGUGUUUUAUAAACAAUUCAUUUUGUUUUAAAA